CCCAUGUACUAUUUCCUCAGCCAUCUGGCAUUCAUUGAUCUUUGUUACUCAUCUUCCAUUGGGCCCAAGAUGCUACAAAAUUUAUUGGUGAAGAAAAAAACCAUCUCCUUCUCUGGCUGUUUUGCCCAGCUCUACUUCUCCAGCGCUUUUGCCACUACGGAAUGCUUCCUCUUGGCCACGAUGGCCUACGACCGCUACAUGGCUAUCUGCAACCCCCUGAUUUACACAGCCAUUAUGACUCAGCGGGUCUGCAAGGAGCUGGUGAUAGGGGUCUACACCUACGGCUUCCUAAACUCUGUGAUACAGACUGCCCUGACUUUCCAGCUGUCUUUCUGCGGCUCCAACGUCAUCCACCAUUUCUACUGUGCUGACCCCCCUCUCCUUGCCCUCUCCUGCUCUGACACCCACAAGAAAGAAAUGCAGCUCUUGAUCUUCUCUGUGGUGAACCUCACUGGGUCCCUCCUGACUGUCUUCAUCUCCUACAUUUGCAUCCUCUUUUCCAUUAUAAAAAUCCAGUCUUCCCAAGGCCGAUGCAAAGCAUUUUCCACCUGUGCCUCCCACCUCACUGUGGUCAUUAUCUUCUAUGGAACACUGUUUUUCAUGUACCUGUGGCAUCCUGCAGCAGGGAAUUCAUGGAAGUACAACAAAGUGGUUUCUGUGUUUUAUAGUCUUGUAAUUCCCAUGCUCAACCCCCUGAUCUACAGCCUGAGGAACACAGAAGUAAAGGACACCCUGAAAAAGAUGAUAGAGGGCACAGUGUCACAGUGA